AUGGCAGAUGAAAACAAAGAUGAGCAUGUGCCGUUCCAUCGUAAAAGAUUUGUUUGUAUUGAAUAUCCAGGCUUUGUGAAAAAUGUUGACAAAAUGCUGUCAACUCUUGGUGGUGAAGACAUAAUAUCAAAGAUUCAUUGCGAUCCAAGCAGGCGAUUAGAAUUACGCUUUCGUCCAGAUGAUCCGUACUGUCACCCUGCAUGUGGAAACAGAUAUGCAACGACCAGCGUACUCCUGAAAGUCACAAAAAGAACACGAAAACCGAAAGCUGGGCAGACGGAUAGCGCAGUAGAGACUCAAUAUAAAAGUGAGAUUUUAGGAAGUGUGGACACGACGUACCGAUUUCAAGGACUUGCCGAUUACCAGUAUCUUCCUGUUGCUCGGCAACAAGAUGGCAAAAUGGAGUCACUUCAUCAGAAGCUUUUUAUCACCAAAGUAGAAGAAUCUUGUGAAUAUCUGAACAGAAAUAUAUCACUAUUCAUUCCACCGCCAAGUUUUUCGAGAAUCGACAUUCCAAUAGACUAUUACUACAGACCAGAUCAGCACAGAGACAUUAAUAGGUCGUCACAUCUAAUUGGUAUUGCUAGAGCCAGGCGUCCUCAUAAUGCUAGGUUCUUGAAUUUUGACGAUAAAGAUGUUCCUGACACGCCAUUAGAUGCUGCGUUGGUUUCACUCAAGAAAAUGCCAGAACCCACAGGAGAAGACGAAAUCAGAGAGUUGUUCAAAAAGCGACCAGUGUGGUCUAAAAAUGCCCUGAAGAGUCAUAUUGACAUCCAUAUUGAAAAACUCAAAGUACUUCUACCUGUUGUAGCUUAUUAUUUUGUGACUGGACCAUGGAGGUCAUUGUGGGUCAGAUUGGGAUACGAUCCAAGGAAAGACCCGGCUGCCAUUUCAUAUCAAGUAUUGGACUUCAGAUUAAGGCAAAGUGCUGCUGCUGCUGAUUUACCCGUCAAAGCCAAACGUAGCACAUUCAACUAUGCCUUGCCGCUGAGUAUUCACCGACCAGGACCACAAGUUGUACACAUCAAAGACUGCACUGAUGAAACUGGUGAACACGCUGACGGUUCUGGGGAUGCUACGACAAAAAGAAACAAACGUGGGGAAUCACAGUAUAUUUUCAAGGAAGGCUCUUUGCCACCACAUCGACAGAUGUUUUACCAGUUUGCUGAUCUUGAGAAUGACCAACUGCAGAGUAUUAUCUCGGCCAAUUCACAGGAUGAAUGUUGUGAUGAAAAAGAGGGGUGGUGCCGAUCAGAAACCCUCAGUAAACUAAGAGAUGUCAUGUCUGAUAUGGUGCGAAAAACCGCAAAAAACAAGGAAACAAAUGUGCAAGAAAAAGAUGUACAGAGUGCUCAAGCUGACGAGGGUGAUAAUGAUAACAGUGAUGAUGACGAUGAAGAUGAUGAAGUGGCAGAUGAUACAGUAGUUGGUGAUGAUGAUGAUGAUGAUGAUGACAGUAGUGAAAACGAAAUGACUACUGAGAUAUUAGAUUAUUUGUGA